AUGCCCAACGACAGCCCGACGAAUCAGAUGCCAAGCGAACAGCAGGGCCCUGACCGUCAACUCGAUAGGCCGCGUCACGUUCAGUUGCCCGCACAAAGGGGGCCUACGCGGCGGUUAUGGACCAGGUGGGAAGAGCAUGAAGAUGAUUGUAUCAUCGCUGCUUAUGUCCACUGGUUGAACCCGGCCAACCGAGUGGCAGGUGAGAAGCAAGAGGCUACGUUACACAGAUACUUCAACGAGGCCUUACCCAACUCCGAAAGGACGGCGGAGCAGGUCAGUGUACGCCUGCGUCGAGUCCGACAACGCGAGGACUUUAACACGAAGGUCGAAAUUUUACGACGACGUGCAGACCCCAAUCCUGAUGGUCGGGCAGACCUGCGGCGUGACUCUGAGGAGCAUCCCGACGAUCUUGAGCAACAAGAGCGGCUUAACCCAGUCCGAGAUGCCCUCGCUGCGGUGGCAGAAGUGCUACGUGAGGAACGGCCUCACCAAGGUGUCCGAACUGGUGGUGCCAAUGCUGCUCAAGUGCUCCAGCGGAGAGAGGCGGAUGACCGUUUGUGCGAAAAGUUCAAGGUCGAGUAUGAGAGAUGGAUCCAAGAGACUGAUCGGCCUCUAUUACGUGUGGAGAAGCGAUAUUAUGAUUCUUACCUGGUUGAAAGAUCGUCGGUUCUCUUGGCUGAGAUGCAGAGGGUGGUCCACGCCCCGGGUGUAUCGGUUACAACUGUGAAUGCGGCAGUGUAUACAGCCGCGAAAGUCCUCAUAGAGGAAGCGGAGUUGAGGGACAAGCGACCGCGAAAGGCUGCUGAUGAGGAGCCGAGGAUCAAUGGAGGAUUGUUGAGACUACUCCAAACCCGAAUGCUUGCACUGAGAUUCUCCUGUCAGGAGAAUCACUGGUCCAGUGAUUCUCCUGUCCGAUAA